AUGCUCUCCUUUGUGCGUACCCUUAUUUUUGCUCUCCUCUGCUCCAUCGUUUUUGUUGAGGCCAUGCCAAGCAUGAGACCAGCAAAGAAGGCAAUGCGCAACUCGUUGGUGCGAUUCGGCAAGCGAGCUGAUCCAAUCGGAUCCGACGAUGUUUUUCUAGGCGAGUCCUUCGGAUCCGUUGGCCCGUAUGAGUAUGCUCCGGAGCGCAUGUCAAACCGAGGGGGGUCACCAGUCCUGCUCUACUAA